GUCGCAUCCCAGAGCCUUCAUUUCACCCUCGUCACUGUAACUGAAAGCAUCUCAUAAUGAGAGUUCUAUGUGUUAUUGUUCUAAUUGGGGCGGCGUGCGCUGCGCCUGGAGGCAGCAGUGAUGAUGGGCGGAUCGAGUUAUUUAAAGGUGUUGCUAUUGAAAAAGACGCGUUAGGUUCGGAAAAGUUGAAUGUCAAAUUUGAACCAGGAGAGCUGAGAGAGGCUGCCAGAACUUUUGAAGAAGCUCGUGGUAAGAUAAAGAAGUAUACGCCACUCCUUGCGGGAAUAGGAGUGAAAGUUAUCGCAGUUGUCGGCUUACUGUUCGGCGCUCUGACUCUCCUGGUUACCAAGGCGCUGGUGGUCGGCAAGCUUGCUUUGAUGGCAGCCGCUGCUCUGGGCUUACAUAAGAUAUUCUCUGAAGGCGGCUUGAAUAGUAUUAGUGGAAAGAUUGCUAGCAUCCAAAACGCACCCCAAGCCUGGUCCUCUCAGACUGCGCAGUCCAAUGCCUACCCCUAUGCCAGAUCUGCGGAUGCCGCCAACGACGCGAGUGACCUAGCUUAUAGGUCACAAGUACCCUCAUAAUAGCAUUUAUAAUUUAUGCACUAAAAAUAUUUGUUGCCAGAUAAAAGUAUAUUAGAUUGAGAAUUAUGUUCUGUCAAAUAUGAUUUACUAUUUUGCGCCUAAUGUAUAAUAAGAUAAUGUUCAUUUUAUUAUUUAUUUCGAAUGUAAUGGCUGCAAAAAUGAUGUACGAAAUCGAAUUGUGAAAUGUUAAAAUAAUGAACGAAA